GCUUUUUCACCCCUUCCGACCGUUCUCCUCACGACCAAAUUAGUGACCAGACCCCUAUUUCACUUCAAAUUUUCACUUUUGAAAAAUUUCCCAAACCCUAAAUCCCCCAGAUUCCCUCCCUCCUCCCGUUCUACCCACAAAGACUCAAUUUUUAGUCCAAAACUCAAAUGUCGUCCCAGCUUCGAAACGACGACGAAUGGAACCCUCAAGAAGCUGCAGCAGAAGAAGAGGUGCUUAAGCUCGAGGAAGAAGUGCAACAAAUGGCUGAAAAACUACUGGAAUACAGAGCCACCCUUCCUGAUCAACUCAGCUCCAUCUUAUCUUGUCUUCUCGCUUCUCAAAGACCCGUUUCACUGACCCGUUUAGCAGUUGAAGAGUCCGGACCCGAAGCCGGGAAGCCUCCCCUGCCGGAUGCCGAAGCUGGAGCUACCCAAGGUUUGGAGAGAACUGUUGAGGCUGAAAAAAUACAACUCCUCAAACAGAAGAUGUCAGGUAAUGCCUUAACACUGCCUGUUGUCUUGAAGAGGAUGGAAGUAUAUAUUGCCAAGAUUGAGGAAUUAGCAUCAUCCAAUGGAGUCAUUCAUCCUGUCUUUAAAAGAAAACGAUGAGUUGUCUGAGUCCUUUUGGUGUUCGAUUCAUUGCUUUGAGCUUUACGCUGCACAAGCUCAGCCAAUGUAUGUUAAUCCGUGAGUCCUUUUGGUGUUCGAUUCAUUGCUUUGAGCUUUACUCUGCACAAGCUCAGCCAAUGUAUGUUAAUCCGUGAGGUAAGCGGUUAGAUCAACCUUAGUUGAAGCAGAUGGUUUCUUGUUGGUUUCCAUCAGUGCCUUCACCAGAUCAACAGUCGUCUUGUGUCUAGUAGAUGACCAAUGUAGCACUUCCAGAACUGAUUGUAUUGAUCAUCAUUGUUGUAAUUAGCUAGAAUCAUCAAGUCCAUAUAUAACAUAUUGAGCGCAUUGACGAUUAUUGGACAAAGCUAGUGGUUAUCCAAUGAAGAUGAGGAUCAUGCAGUGUGACAUUGGAGUUUGCCUGACGCUUGUUUGUCCAUCAGACUACUUAAAAACUUGUAUGUUAUUUGGAAGAUGAUCUUUGUAAGUAUCUAAUGUUUUAGUUUGCUUUUGGUAAAUACAUCUGAUGGUUUAGCUUAAUUCACGCAUUUGUUGUA